AUUUCUUGCUAUAUAGUUCGCAAGAAAUUUAUCAUGUUUUCUGGACAAAUAACUACACCUACUCAACUCACAAGCGAUUCUCAUCCUAAUAUAAUUAGGGAGGUGCCACAAUUCCCUCUCCAAAUGAAAGUUGUGUGCGUGGUGGAGAUGGUGCUUUGAUUAGCAAAGAAAUCACCAAGAAGACGGGGAGACUGUCUCUGUCUCAAGGGAGAGAAUGAUGGUCGAUCAGUACGUGGGCAGUGGCACGUAAGAAGCCCUAACCCUUAAUUAUGAGGCCAUAUUCUUAUCACAAGGGGAGACUCUCCCAUCGAUUGUUGACAAAUUCGCCAUCUCGGUAAUUCUAGAACAUUCUCUGAUAUAAUUUUUUCUUUUUCGAUUCUGAUUGGGAAUUCUAGUAGUUGUAGAUUCACUUGGCUGAACAGAAAACACUUUCCUUGUUGUACAAGGUAUGUAAACCCUAUAAAUACCCGUCUAAUACGAGAGAAAAUUAUAUAGAUCUUGGUUACUGAUCGAGCUGCACACUAAGGCACAAGCUUAUCAUCGAUCAUGGCCUCGAAGCGCAUCCUGAAGGAACUCAAGGAUUUAGAGAGGGAUCCUCCGACUAAUUGCAGCGCCGGUCCGUUGGCGGCAGACAACAUGUUUAAUUGGCAAGCGACGAUUAUAGGACCCGCUGAUAGCCCAUAUGCCAAUGGUGUAUUCCAGGUUACCAUAAACUUCCCUCCUGAUUAUCCUUUCAAACCUCCCAAGGUUGCAUUCAAGACGAAGGUCUUCCACCCCAAUGUCAAUAACAACGGAAGCAUAUGCCUUGAUAUUCUUAAAGAACAAUGGAGUCCAGCCUUAACGGUCUCUAAGGUGUUGCUAUCGAUCUGCUCCUUGUUGACGGAUCCUAAUCCUGAUGACCCCCUCGUGCCGGAUAUCGCCCAUAUGUAUAAAACCGAUCGAGCCAAGUACGAAGCGACUGCCCGUAGCUAUACUCAGAAGUACGCAGUUUAGUUACAUAUUAUAUAUUGGGGGAAUCCGC